UAAAGGAACAUUAACAUAAUAGGCGAGGAAUUGAUGAAUCCCCUAUAUAAUUGAAUUGUAUGCUAUGUCUGCCAAGCAAUUCCCACAUUCAAAUGGGCAAAUCUAGUUUUUACUACCUUAAUCUUCCCCUUAUUAUUACCAUAUCAUUUCUUCUCAUAGCAUUUUUGCCGGAUGCUGUUCAUAGCAGCAAAAAGUGCUACAUUGUAUACCUAGGAGCACAUUCUCAUGGCCCAAACCCUACCUCUGUUGACCUUGAAGCCGCAACAAAUUAUCAUUACAAUUUACUAGGUUCAGUUUUGGGAAGUUCAUAUAAUAAGCACAUAAAUGGUUUUGCUGCGCUUCUUGAAGAGGAAGAAGCAGCACAUGUUGCAAAAAUACCGAAUGUGGUGUCUGUGUUCUUGACCAAGGAGCACAAAUUGCACACAACCCGGUCAUGGGAAUUUCUUGGACUACACAGAAAUGACAAGAACUCAGCAUGGCCAAAGGGAAGAUUUGGUGAAAAUACGAUCAUUGCUAACAUUGACACAGGAGUUUGGCCAGAAUCACAGAGUUUCAGUGACAAAGGAUAUGGCCCCAUUCCAUCAAAAUGGCGCGGUGGUAAUGUCUGUCAAAUACCUGAUAACAAGAAAAAUCCUUGCAACAGGAAGUUAAUUGGAGCAAGAUACUACAACAGUGCUUUCCAAGCUUACAAUGGGAAGCUAAACCCGUUGCUACUGACAGCACGUGACUUCGUGGGGCAUGGGACCCACACUCUGUCAACGGCAGGUGGCAACUUUGUGGCAGGUGCAAGCGUGUUUGCGGUUGGGAAUGGCACCGCAAAGGGUGGGUCUCCAAGAGCCAGAGUUGCGGCUUACAAGGUUUGUUGGUCGCUAACUGACCCAGCCAGUUGCUAUGGCGCCGAUGUGUUGGCCGCAAUAGACCAAGCCUUAAGCGACGGUGUUGAUAUCAUCUCGCUCUCUGCUGGUGGCCGGUAUUUAGUUGCCCCUGAAGAUAUCUUCACUGAUGAAGUCUCCAUUGGUGCCUUCCAUGCAAUUUCUAGAAAUGUUCUUUUGGUUGCUUCUGCGGGAAAUGAUGGACCCACACCUGGAACCGUUUUGAAUGUGGCUCCUUGGGUCUUCACAAUUGCUGCUAGCACCAUUGAUAGGGACUUCAGCAGCACUAUCACUCUUAGUAAUGGUCAACGGAUCACGGGUGCGAGUCUUUUCGUAAACUUGCCACAAAACCAAGCAUUUUCUUUGAUCGAUGCCAAUGAUGCUAAACUUGCCAAUGCGUCAAUACAAGAUGCUUUACUUUGUAGGCCAGGAACACUUGACCCAGCAAAAGUAACGGGGAAAAUAGUGGCAUGCUUGAGAGAAGGAAAAAUAAAAUCAGUUAGUGAGGGGAAUGAAGCGAAGAAUGCAGGUGCAAAGGGAAUGUUCUUGCGCAAUCAACAGCAAAAUGGGAAUACUCUUCUUGCUGAGCCUCAUGUUUUGUCAACAGUUGGCGAUCAUGGUUCACAUCCACCAUAUAGGCCGCCUGCUCUGCCAACCAGGAAUCCUACUUCUUUAACAACUUCAAGCAGGGCUCCUGUAGCGGCCUCGUUGGCCUCGUCUAUCACAGUAAGAUUCUCGUCGGCAAGAACCCUCUAUGGAAGAAAGCCAGCUCCAGUUAUGGCUUCGUUCUCCUCUAGGGGACCCAACAAAAUUCAGCCAUCCAUACUCAAGCCUGAUGUAACUGCACCUGGGGUGAACAUACUUGCUGCAUAUUCACUAUUCGCAAGUGCAUCUGACCUAUUAACAGACAACCGUCGAGGAUUUCCAUUUAACGUGAUGCAAGGAACUUCUAUGUCUUGUCCUCAUGCUGCCGGCAUAGCUGGACUUCUCAGAACCCUUCAUCCUACUUGGAGUCCGGCAGCUAUCAAAUCAGCAAUUAUGACCACCGCAACCACAUUGGACAACACAAACAAGCCGAUUCAAGAUGCAUUUGAUCAUAAAUUAGCAAACCCAUUUGCUUACGGUUCAGGGCAUGUUCAACCAAACCGUGCAAUAGAGCCAGGACUUGUUUAUGAUCUACACCUCAACGAUUACCUAAACUUCUUAUGUGCCUCUGGAUACAACCAACAACUCAUUUCGGCACUUAAUUUCAACAGGACUUUCAUUUGUAAAGGAACUCACACCAUAGAUGACUUAAACUAUCCUUCAAUCACAUUACCAAAUCUUAAGUUGAGUCCGCUAACAAUUACUCGUACACUCACCAAUGUUGGUCCCCCAGGCACAUAUAAUGCAACUGCCAAAUUAGAUGGAUGCAAAAUUACUGUUGUGCCCAACUCCUUAACUUUCACAAAGAUCAACGAGAAGAAGACAUUUAGAGUUACCAUACAGGCUUCAAUUGUGAUUAAGCUUUAUAAAUAUCAAUUUGGGGAAUUGUUGUGGACCGAUGGAAAGCACAGAGUUAGAAGUCCCAUUACAGUACGACGCCGCAGGUGAAAAAUCAUAAGAAUGAUUCAUGUUUAAUUUAGUAUACGAGGCAUAUGUAAAAUGAAUAAUGUGUGAUUUUUGUAAUAAUUGAUGCUGAGCGCGACAUCGCUACAUCAUGUAUUUUCUUACAUUUUUUUCCCCUUCAAAAUUGUGUGUGCAGUGUACUACCAUUGUCUAGUUAUCUAGUUAUUAAUAUUUAAUCUACAAUAUUUAGAGACAAUUUUAUUUUAUU